UUAGGCUGUGGGGCAAAGCAAAGCUUGACCAAUAAAAUAAUAACUAAAGAAAAAGGAUCAUAAUGCCGACUCGCGUUCUCUCGUUCCUUCCUCCAUUCGAAGCCACCCCGUAAGAGUUGCUGUUCCAGAUCCGGCUCUCCCCCCACCAAUGUCCAUCAAAACCCCCGCCGCCGUUAACUCCUCUCAACCGCAAUCAUUGUCGGAUUUUUCCUUCGUCUCCCGCGCCACGUAUGCCUCUCGGUCUCUCUACGCCACUCCCCGCCCUUGGUCCCAGCUCCUCGACUUGUCCGCCUUCUCCCGCCCCUGCACCUAUGCCGAUGCCAUGUUACGCGUCCGACGGAACUUUAGUUACUUCAAGUAUAACUACGUCUUGGUUUCCCUUGUCAUCAUCUUCGUUAGUCUCUUCUGGCAUCCCAUUGCCAUGAUCGUUUGCAUGAUUGUCUUCAUUGCCUGGUACUUCCUCUACUUCACUCGUUAUAGCCCCCCCGUCUUGUUCGACCAAACAUGGGACGACGGAACCGUACUCUGUGGUCUGGGAUUCAUAACAGUUUCCGCGCUUGUACUUGCUGGCGUCGGGCUCAAUUUGUUCGUGUCUUCCAUAGUGGCUGUUGUGAUUGUUGGGUUGCACGCCGCUUUUCGGGUCACGGAUGACUUCUUUCUUGAUGAAGAAACCGCUGCCGAAGGUGGCUUGGUCUCCGUUGUGGGAAGCCAGUCCCUCACAACAACGUAUACCCGGGUUUGAAUGUAAUCAAAUUCGAGUGAAGAAGGUCGCCUUUUGAAAGGCAGAGGUGGAUUUUCUUUCAAAGAGAAAAAUGGAAGAGGUGGACACGAUGAUGACGAAGUCUGCCUGAUUAUUUGGAUACGAACUAACGCUCACUUCUAUUUUAACAACCAUAUCUGCCGCCACUUUGAUUCUUGCUGUGUGUUCAUGCAAAUGAAACCAUGUGGGAGCUAUCGGUGUUUAAAAUUAAAUUUGGAUUAGGUUUGUUUCGAAGAGUUAUGUAGUUGAUAGGCAAAAACAAUUCGGCUUUAUUUUUUGAGGAACAGGAUCCAUUCGAUUAGACGAUGGAUCUAUUUUGGGCUUUUUGCUAGUUCAAUACCGUUGUCAUAUUUGAGUGUGAUAUUAAAAUUUGACAUAAAGUGGUUUAGCAUGUUUCUUGAUGCAGAGUCUCGUUUUUUCCAUAACCACUGCAGGUUUCAUUCCUUGUUAUUUGGUGCAUUUUCUUCCGGCCCUCUGGCAAUUUUAAUCGUAUUAUGCCCCCAGUUUGAACUCAUUAUGAAAUCCCAAUCCCAUUGUAA